AUGGGAAUAGUCGAAGAAGAAUUUCUUUUGAAGAAUAUCUUAGGAACACAUUAUAAUAAAAAAAAUGUUAAGAUAAGCAUAUCUGUGAUUUACGGAUCAGGUGAUGGUAACAGCUAUAAUAAAGCAAAAGAUUUUAUAAACGAAUUAAUAGAAUAUUUCAAAAAUGUUCAUUUAUUUUUUAAAGACAUAAAUGACAUUAUUAAUAAAAAUAUAUACAUCAAUAAUAUUAAUGGUAACAUGAAUUAUGAUGAUAUACUUCCAAAGAAAGAUUAUAUAGAAAAAAAAAUACAAAUAAAUGAAAGUUAUAAGAAUGAUGAUAAUGUUGAUCAUUCUAAUAUGGAUGGUAAUAUAAUAGAUAAGAAUAAUUGUGUAAAUAACUCGUUAGAUAUUAAAGAUAUGAAUAGUUUAGAAAAUGAAAUAAUUGAAUAUUUUAAAUUACGUUUUGAUAAAUAUCAAGUGAAUAAAAAGAAAAGGAAAGAAAAAAUAUCAAAUUAUGAAAAUAUGAUACCAUUAUAUUAUAAUAAGAAUAUAAAUUAUUUAGAACCAUAUGAAGAGAAUGUAAAAAUGUUCAAUAGUAAAUUUAAAAAUUAUGUUGGUUGUACAAUAGAUAAUAAAAAUAUAGGGAAAAUAUAUUUUAAUUUAAUUGACGGAAAUAAUCAUGAUUAUUAUUCUUUUUUUGAUUGUACAGAAAAUUAUAAUUUAAAUGUUUUAUUUUUUUUUAUUAGUACAUCUAGUCAUGGGUCCUUCCCAAAUAAUUCUUAUAAAAUCGAUGAGAUUUUUACAGACAUGUUGAAUGAUUUUCGUAUAGAAAAGAAUUAUUUAAAAGAUAUAUUUUUUAGUUGUAUUGGAUUUGGUAAUAAAGAAUAUGGAGAUAAAUAUUUUUGUACUCCUAUAAAGAAAUGUGAGAAAUAUAUACAUUUAUUAGGAGCACAAAAAUUAUAUAAAACAUUAAAACUGUGUGAUACUCAAGAUAAUGAUGAAACUAUAUUAUUAUGGAAAUGUAACAUAUUUAAAACUUUUAGCUUGUCCUUAUUUUUCUAUUCUUUUAAUUAUAUGAAAAGAUGGUAUAUGAAUAAAGGAAUAUAUGACACCUUAUCAUAUUAUUGUUAUUUUUUUUCAAAUUAUACAAAUUUUAAUGUUAAUCAAACCCAAGAAAUCAAAUAUUAUAUGCAUGAUCAAAAACAUGAGACUGAAAAAAAAAAAAAAAAAAAUAAUAAAAUAAAAAAAAAAAAAGGGGAUCUUUCUAUAUAUCCGAUGGAACAAUUAGAAGGAUGUCACUGUAAUAAGGCAUACCAAGAAAAUGAUCUCUCCAUUGAUCAAAGUAAUAUUGAUUAUAAUAAUAACAAAUGUUGUAAUAAUGAGAUAUAUAAUACACACAAUAAUAUAUAUGACAAUGAUAAAGAUGAUCAUCAAAUUUUUUUAUCAACUAUAGGUAAUGAUGAAAAGGAUAUCGUGAACGAACACAAAACAAAAGUGGAUAAAACAAAUGGGAUGAUGAAUGAAAAGAGAGAAGAAGUGUAUAUAAGGGGGGAUAUUCAAGGGGUUGAGGGAUGUACAAAUUGUAACUGCCAAUCAGUAAAUGAAUAUAAUGAUACAUCCAAUACAAAUGAUACAAAUAAUACAAAUAAUACAAAUAUUAUGAAUAAUACAAAUAAUACAAAUAUUAUGAAUAAUACAAAUAAUACAAAUAUUAUGAAUUAUACAAAUAAUAUUAGGACCGGUGAAAAUUGCGUGUCCGAAAGCGAAACAUCAAGUAAUCAAAGUUAUCCAGAUGAUGAGGACGAACAAAUUGAAGUCGAAGAUCUAAUAUCAGGAGAAAAAAAAGAUAUGUUAAGUUCUAGCCAAAGAAACAAAUUAACAAAAGAAGGUUAUAAAAUAGUAGGAUCCCAUAGUGCUGUUAAAUUAUGUAGGUGGACAAAAUCACAAGUUAGAGGAAGAGGAGGUUGUUAUAAACACACGUUUUAUGGAAUUAAUUCUUAUCAAUGUAUGGAAGCUACGCCUAGUCUUGCUUGUGCAAAUAAAUGUGUAUUUUGUUGGAGACAUCAUAAAAAUCCUGUAGGCGUAAAAUGGAGAUGGAAUAUGGAUAAAGCAGAAAUUAUAGUUGAAGAAAUAAUUAAAAAACAUAAAGCGAUGAUAAAAGAAUUAAAAGGUAUAUAUGGUAUUAUUAUGGAACGUUUUGAAAAAGCUAUGAAUAUAAAACAUUGUGCUUUGUCAUUAGUAGGAGAACCUAUCAUGUAUCCAGAAAUUAAUAAAUUAAUUGAUGAAUUACAUAAAAGAAAUAUAUCAACAUUCUUAGUUACUAAUGCUCAAUUCCCACAAGAAUUAGAAAAUUUAAAUACAGUAACACAAUUAUAUUUAUCCAUAGAUGCUCCAAAUAAAGAGGCAUUAAAAAAUAUAGAUAGACCAUUAUUUAAAGAUUUCUGGGAUAGAUAUAUAAAAUGUAUUAAGAUUUUAAAAAAUCGUAAAGAAAGAAAAGUAUUCAGAUUCACAUUAGUAAAAGAAUAUAAUAUGAUGGAAAAUGAAAUAGACAGCUAUAUAAAUUUAAUACAACUAGGAUAUCCUGAUUUUAUAGAAAUUAAAGCUGUUACAUAUUGUGGUUCAUCACAAGGAUAUCAACUAACUAUGCAAAAUAUCCCAUGGCAUGAAGAAGUGUAUCAAUUUGCAUGGAACCUAAUUAAUAAAAAAAAAGCGCUAUCACAUAUAUAUGAAAUUUCUUGUGAACAUAAACAUUCUUGUAGUAUAUUAAUUACAAAGAAAAUUUUUAAAAUAAACAAUAAAUGGAAUACUUGGAUUGAUUAUGAAAAGUUUCACCAACUUGUCAAAAAUAAAGAAAAUUUUAAUGCCCUCGAUUAUUCCGUAGAAACUCCACACUGGGCAAUUUAUGGUUCUCAAGAAAGUGGUUUCAGCCCAUGCGAAAAAAGGGUAUACACAAAGGGCAAGUAUAAAAAUAAAAACCAACAAAGUUGA